UCUCUUGAUGAAGAAAAAAAAUUUAUUACAACUCACGGGCAAGCUCUUUCAGAUUUUUUAAUGUUCAAAAAAGAGUAUCCACAAAACCUAUAUUUAUAUAUAGAACAAGCCAAACAAGAGCAUAAAAACAUCUUGACACACCUCAGUACAAGUUGUGGUGGAGAUCCAUUUUCUUUCACCCAAAAACAGCGACAAAAUUCAAAUUAAUAUAUUCUACACUUAUUGUUAUCUGUUCAGUCUUUUCACUGGAAGGAAGAAAGAAUUUGCCGGCUGGAAGUAAGGAAAUUAACUGCAACUCUGCAUGCUAAAGAAUUGAAUCUAUACGCAUCAAACUCUGGAUUCAUGCUUGCUGUGUCACCUUUGAGGAACACCAACAAUGAAAGGGAAAGUGAGAUGGAGGCUUUCUCCAUGGGAGGUGAUGAAUUCCCUGAUAUUUCCAGUGGGAGUUUACUUGACAGUAUUGAUUUUGAUGAUCUUUUUGUUGGGAUCAACGAUGGAGAUUUGUUGCCUGAUCUGGAGAUGGACCCUGAAAUUCUUGCUGAAUUUUCACUUAGUAGUGGGGAAGAAUCGGAGAUUAAUACAUCAACUCCUGUAUCAGUGUCAGUUGAGAAAGUAGAUGAGGGUGGGGUCGAAAAAUCAGCCUCGGAUACUGGUUCGGAGUCGAGCUUGAUUAUUGAAAAGGAAUCUGUGAGUAAGAGAGAAGAAUCAGCUGUAGUUAAUCAAUCUCACAAGGAAGCUGAUAAACGAGGAAAAUCCUCGGCACAAUCGAAAAAUCAACCGGGCAAGAGGAAGGUGGAUUGGACACCAGAGCUACACAGGCGUUUUGUGCAAGCAGUGGAGCAACUGGGUGUGGAUAAGGCUGUGCCUUCAAGGAUUUUGGAGCUUAUGGGGAUUGAUUGUCUCACUCGCCAUAACAUUGCCAGCCAUCUUCAGAAAUAUCGAUCACAUCGGAAACAUUUGUUGGCUCGAGAAGCGGAAGCGGCAAGUUGGAGCCAGAGGCGGCAAAUGUACGGAACCACCGCCGGCAGAGUCGGGAAGAGAGAUGUGAACCCUUGGCUUGCACCCACCAUGGGAUUCCCUCCAAUUACACCAACGCCACAUUUUAGACCUUUGCAUGUAUGGGGUCACCCCUCGGUCGACCAUUCCAUGAUGAACACGUGGCCUAAACAUUUAGGACCUUCGCCUCCGCCUCCAACCCCACUGCCAGCUUGGGUACCAGUUCAACCACCUCAUGCACCGCUGCCGCCAGCUGCAGACCCUUUUUGGCAUUCCCACCACCAUCGUAUUCCAACACCAGGAACGCCUUGUUUUCCACCACAUAUGCGACCUGCGCAGAGAUUUCCGAGUACACCGGUCCCCGGCAUCCCACCACCUGCAAUGUACAAAAUAGACCCCGGUGUAGGUGUCCCGCCUGUACCCUCUGGACAAAUACUGCAUCAGCUUCCGUUGGAUUUUCACCCUUCAAAGGAGAGUAUAGAUGCAGCCAUUGGAGAUGCUUUAUCAAAGCCAUGGCUGCCACUUCCACUUGGAUUGAAGCCUCCAUCCACUGAUAGUGUUAUGGUGGAACUGCAACAUCAAGGAAUAUCAAAAAUACCUCCAUCUUGUGCUUGAAUUCUCCAUCGGCUUCAGUUUGGAGUUUUUUCAAGCCAAAGACAUAUAUAUCAAACCCCUCAAUUUGACGACAUUUCCAGCACAAAUCAGUGAAACUAAUCGUUUAAUUUUUCUAGGUUUUUUUCCCCUUUUUUUGUGUACUGUUCUUGCUUUCUUGUAUGCAAGAACAAUGCAUAUUAUCAAACAUGGGACAUUAAUUUUUGUAAUGCUAAUUAUCAUAUGUAUGAGAGUGUUUUCAUGGCAGGAACCUUGAAUCCUUGCUAAUUGUAACCUCUGCCUUUUCAGAUGUC